CAUAAUCAUAUUGUAUUGAUUUGUUGCUCUUUGGGUAUGGCUUCUUUGGGCAACAUAAUAUUCAUGAGAUGAAAUUCAUGCCUGUCGUGUGUGGCAAUUUGCUCAUUCUUGUUACUGUAUGGUACUUCCUUGUAUGAAUAUAGGACAACUUGUUUAUCCAUUCUGAUGUUGAUGAUCAUUUGCAUAAUUUUCAGUUUUGAAUAAAGCCACUCUCAACAUCAUCAUACUUGUCUUCCAGUCAGUAUAUGUUCAUAUUUCUCCUGAGUAUAUUCCUAGGAGUGGAAGGGCUAGCUCACAGGCUAUUGCAUGUGUUCAGCUUUUGUGGAUAACACCAAACAGUUUUAUAAAGUUUUGUACUGUUUGAUGCUCCUCAAAAACAAUAUAUUGAGUUUCUAUUGCUCAUAUCCUCACUAGCUCUCUUGGUUAUUUUCCAUCAUUUUCAUUUGAGCCAUUUCUGGUAGAUAAGAAGGAUGAUCUGAUUGUAGUUUAAUUUAUACUUCCUUGCUAACUAAUGAAGUUGAGCAUCUUUUCCUAUGCUUAUUUGCUGCUUGCAUAUCUUUGGGAAAUGUCUCUUUCCUAAUAAGAAGUUUACUCUUCUUAUUGUUUCUAUUGAUUUCUAGGAAUUCUUGAUGUAUUUGAGAUAUGAAUUGUUUGUCAGAUACUAGUAUUACAGUCAUCUCCCACUGUGGGAUUUGCCUUUUUUUUUAAAGAUUUUUAUUUAUUUAUUCAUGAGAGAGAGAGAGACAGAGACACAGGCAGAGGGAGAAGCAGGCUCCAUGCAGGGAGCCUGAUGUGGGACUCCAUCCCAGGUCUCCAGGAUCAUGCCCUGGACUGAAGGUGGCGCUAAACCACAGAGCAACCCGGGGUUGCCCCUGCCUUUUCACUCUUAAUUUUGUCUUCUGGUGAAUCAAAGUCUUUAAUUUUAGUGUAGUCUAAUUUAAUAACCUUUUAUUCUACCAGAUAUCAAAACUUUAAGAUUUUAUUUAUUUAUUCAUAAGAAACACACACAGAGAGACAGAGACAUAGGCAGGGGGGAAAGCAGUCUCCCUGCGAGGAGACCAAUGUGGGACUCCAUCCCAGGACCCCGGGAUCACAACCUGAGCUGAAGGCAGACGGACAAUCAACUACUGAGCCAGUCAGGCUUAAGAUAUCAAACCUUGAUAUGAAGCACAUUAAUUAAGACACUGUAGUAUUGGUCCAAGAAUAGACUAACAGACCAGUGGAAACAGAGAGGAAUGAACCUCCACAUAGUCACAAACCAACACUGCAGAGCAGUGGAGAAAAGAUAGUCUUUUCAAUAAGCUAUGCUGGAUCACCUUGAUAUACAUAUGGAAGAAAUGAAUCUUGACCCUAACACAUAUAUAUAUACCAAAAUCCUUCCCAAGAAGGCUAUAAAUAAAUGUGAAAGAUAGAACAAUACAAAUUUGGAAGAAAACAUUAAACAUCUUUAUGACCCUGAGGUAGGCUAGGUUUUCAUAACUAAGACAUAAUGAGUGCCAGCCAUAACACAAAGAAUGGUAAAUGGCAUGGCAUGUUUCUUUCCAGUGCUUCAUUUCACAUCUUUGUCUUUGUGUUUUAAAUGUGUGGCACCUGUAUUUUUUUGUUGUUGUUAACCAAUCCCAAAGUCGUUAUCUUUUAUGGCAGGAUUCAGCUCAUUCAAUUUAGUUGAAUUGUAGCAUAGUAAAUUUUGUGCCUUCUAUUAUUUUAUGUUUACUAUUUAUUUUACUUGAUUUAUAUUUCCACUCUUUCCUUUUCCUAUUUUUGCUGGUGUGGUCACAUUUCUUUUAAUUCCCCUCUAGGUUCUCAUUAUCUUGGAAUUCUGAUAGUUUGGAAUUUUGAUUAUUUUUAUCAAUUUCUGCUAGUGGUUGCCUUCACCUUCCUUACAAAUAUAAUUAUCUAUAUUUUCUCUCUUCUUAGGUCCAAUAAUGUUGUAAUAGUCUUUGGAUCUAGUAAUAGAGUAUCCAGCACAGAGAGCUGCCCCCUUGAUGCCCCCAGGAAGGAUUUGUGGGGGUGAGUGCUGAAUGACUGACCACAUGGACACUGGCUUUCCAGGGUUUCUUGGAGUCUCUGUGGAGUGCCUGGGCCAGACCCCAUAAUAGAGGCUAUAGGACCUACCUUGCAGCCCCAGCAGCUGAUUUGAGUCCACAGGUGCACCCUUGACUUCAGGCUCCCAGAGAGAGCAGAGUCAUCAUCAAGAGAGCCUGGGAGUUGAGGCCCAGCAGGAACAUGUCAGCUAACCGGAGUGCUCCCCAGUGGUCCUCGGUCCUGGCUGCAGAGGGACAUGGCAGCUCAUGUGAGGAUUGUGUUGUUACAGAUCUCCAUGUCAUUCGAGGAUGUGACCGUGGACUUCAGCAGGGAGGAGUGGCAGCACCUGGACUCUGCUCAGAGACUACUGUACCGGGAUGUGACACUGGAGAAUUACAGCCAUUUGUGCUCAGUGGGGUACCAGGUUCCCAAACCAGAGGUCAUCUUCAAGUUGGAACAAGGAGAGGAGCCAUGGAUUUUGGAGACAAAAACCCCACAUCAGAGCUGUUUGGAUGAGGAUGUUGGGGAAAUGCAACAACAGAGAAUUCCUGGAAAAGUUUUGUUCCACUGUGAGAAAUUUGGUCAAUCCAUAGGAAAAAAUCCAUUAUGUUCCAUUUUAGAAGAAUUGUGGCAAAAUAAUAACCAGCAAGAGAGAUCUCAAGAAAACCAAAACAACCCUUUAAGUCAUGUGAAAGUACUGAUUAAGGAGAGGGGCUAUGAAUAUAAAAAUAUUGAAAAAAUAAUUCAUGUGAGUACCAAGGUUGUUCCUUCAACUAAAAGACUCCAUAACUAUGACACAUUUGGAAAGAGUCUGAAGCAUACUUUAAACUUACAUAAUCAUAAUAAAAGCAGUGUAACAAAGAAGCUUGAUAAGAUUUUUGGAAAUGAUAAUCUUGCCCAUAGCUCUUCCUCUACUGAGAAUGCUAAUAUAGGAGCAAAUUCCUGUGAAAUUAAUCAAUGUGAAAAACAUCUUGGCAACAAACAAGUUCUCAUUCACCAUCAGAAAAUUCAGACUGGGGAGCAACUGUAUGUAUGUACUGAGUGUGUAAAAAGCUUCCCCCAGAAGUCACAUCUCUUUGAGCAUCAGAGAAUUCAUGCUGAGGAAAAAUCCCAUGAUUGCCAUAAAAGUGACAAAGUCCUCAUUCAAAAGCCACAGAUUGAUGUACCUCAAAGUGUUUAUACAGGAGAUAAACCCUAUAUAUGUACUCAGUGUGGGAAGGCCUUUACUCUCAAGUCAAACCUCAUUACACAUCAGAAAAUUCAUACGGGGCAGAAACCCUAUAAAUGCAGUGAAUGUGGAAAAGCCUUUUUCCACAGAUCAUAUCUCUUUAGACAUAUGAGAAUUCAUACAGGAGAAAAACCGUAUGAAUGCAGUGAAUGUGGAAGAGGCUUCUCCCAGAAUUCAGACCUUAAUAUACAUCAGAAAACUCAUACCGGAGAGAAACACUAUGCAUGCAGUGAAUGUGGGAAAGCCUUCACAAGAAAAUCAGCACUUAGAAUGCAUCAGAGAAUUCACACAGGAGAGAAACCCUAUGUAUGUACCGAAUGUGGGAAGGCCUUCAUCCAGAAAUCACAUUUCAAUACACAUCAGAGAAUCCAUACCGGUGAAAAACCUUAUGAAUGCAGUGAGUGUGGAAAAUCGUUCACUAAGAAGUCACAACUCCAUGUGCAUCAAAGAAUUCACACAGGAGAAAAACCCUAUAUAUGUACAGAAUGUGGAAAGGUCUUUACUCAUAGGACAAACCUCACUACACAUCAGAAAACUCAUACUGGAGAGAAACCCUAUAUGUGUGCUGAAUGUGGAAAGGCUUUCAGUGACCAGUCAAAUCUCAUUAAACACCAGAAAACUCAUACUGGAGAGAAACCCUAUAAAUGCAACGGCUGUGGAAAAGCCUUCAUAUGGAAGUCACGCCUCAAAAUACAUCAGAAAUCUCAUAUUGGAGAGAGACACUAUGAAUGCAAUGAAUGUGGGAAAGCCUUUAUCCAAAAAUCAACACUAAGUGUACAUCAGAGAAUCCAUACAGGAGAGAAACCCUACGUUUGUCCUGAAUGUGGGAAGGCCUUCAUCCAGAAAUCACACUUCAUUGCACAUCAUAGAAUUCAUACUGGAGAGAAGCCUUAUGAAUGCAGUGACUGUGGGAAAUGUUUUACUAAGAAGUCACAACUCCGUGUACAUCAGAAGAUUCACACAGGAGAGAAACCCAAUAUAUGUGCUGAAUGUGGAAAGGCCUUCACUGACAGGUCAAAUCUUAUAACACACCAGAAAAUCCAUACUAGAGAGAAACCCUAUAAAUGCAGUGACUGUGGAAAAACCUUUACCUGGAAGUCCCGCCUCACCAUCCAUCAGAAAUCUCAUACUGGAGAAAGACACUAUGAAUGCAAUAAAUGUGGAAAAGCCUUCAUCCAGAAAGCAACAUUAAGUAUGCAUCAGAUUAUUCAUACAGGAAAGAAACCCUAUGCUUGUACAGAAUGUCAGAAGGCCUUCACUGACAGAUCAAAUCUCAUUAAACACCAGAAAACUCAUAGUGGAGAAAAAUUAUAAAGCCAUUAGCUGAAAAAGCCUUCAGCUGGAACUCACAACUGGGUAUGCAUCAGAUGUCUCGUAGUGGGGAAGGGGAUGCCGGAUGCUGCAAUCACUGUGCAGGGGGAAAUAGGUAUGUUAUGGCAAAUUACAGCUUAAGUGAACAGAAGGCAAACAAAGCCAAGUAGCAUCCUUCAGUCAAUUGGAAAUAUAAGUACCUGCAUCACCACAGUUGACAUGCAAUUAUAUGCAUAGGGAGACACUGAUAAGGCAUUUGAGCAAUAGUCCUGUUUGGUUGCAUGAUUCACACAGAGACCCUCAACUUCCUACAAAUGGUAGAGAUAGAGACCCCAGAGGAUGACUUGUAACCUCUGUUUCACUUUUUAGAUAAAGGACUCUAUAAAUUCAGCACUGAUUUGUUCUUCAUACCCUGGGAUGUCAAAGUCCUCAAUAUUUUGGCCACUUUUUUUUUUCAAAUUUCUAGGGUGGGGAGAAGAGUUUUCAUUGUCCAAACACCUGCAGAGCAACAAAGUCAAGGCAAAAAUCUAUUCAGGAAUGCAGAUCUGUGAGUAGAAGCCAGAAGUUUUUGUGAUCGUUGACAUUUAAAAUACAGAAAAGAUUGCCAUGAGGAACUAU